AUAUCCCCAAAUUUAGCCAAACCCGCGUGCCCUAGCCCAUAUGAUAAUGAGUGGUAUACUUUGAAACAAAAGCUAGCAGUUCUUCAGCUGAAGCACUUUUAAACUUGGAGAUAAGAGCCACAGGUGUGACUAAAUUUAAGGAUAGAAAUUUGGGAGAAGUGGUAAAAUUGACAUUAUAUGGUACUAAUUUGAAAUUAUUUUAUUCAUUAAAACCUUUUUAAAAUAUUUUUAAAACCCCCAUACUUUGAAAUUAUUUGUUUCAACCCACCCUUUUUCUCUGGAAUAAUCCUUACCUUUUUCGUUUCCUCCUGUUAAAAAAUGGCUAUCCAGGGCCUAAACAUAACAACCUUGAUUCCUCCGAAAACCCAUUUCAAUAUCAGUACCAAAUCCAAGGCUUCGGCUUCUGCUGUCCUUAAAAAACCCAGAGGAAUUUCCUUCUCAGUUCGUGCAAUGGGUUUAUCUCCUUCUUCUCAGAAACCAGACAACAUUCAAGAGGCAGUUACUACUGAUUAUGCCUCUUUGAGUGAAGGAGAGUGGAAGAAGCGGCUUACUCCAGAACAAUUUUAUAUUACUCGGCAGAAGGGAACAGAGAGGGCUUUCACUGGGGAAUAUUGGAACACUAAAACCCCUGGAACUUAUCACUGCUUAUGCUGUGACACACCCUUAUUUGAAUCAACAACUAAGUUUGAUAGCGGAACUGGCUGGCCAUCAUAUUAUCAGCCUGUUGGAAACAAUGUGAAGUCAAAAUUAGAUCUGUCCGUCAUUUUCAUGCCUCGCCAGGAAGUUCUUUGCAAUGUUUGCGAUGCACAUCUUGGUCAUGUAUUUGAUGAUGGCCCACCACCAACAGGAAAGCGUUAUUGUAUAAACAGUGCCUCCUUGAAACUGAAACCCAAGUAGAAAGGACAGACUGAGGUUGUCUGGAUGAGAUGCCUGUGUGGCAAACAGGCUUGAAUAUGGGAUACCUGCUUGUUAAUUUUUGCCAUGAAAGAAUUACUUUCAUGAUAUUCUGCCACUCAGCUGUGUGUAUCAUAUUGAAUUAUUAAGCCACUGACAUAGAAUUGUGGGUCUUGUGAUUGUGGAGAAUGGGUCAAUAAUAUGUGUGUAUGUUG